AUGAAACCGUGCAUUGUUGAAUUAAAAUUAAAAGACACCGAGGAACUGAAGUGGAAAAAAGCUCUGUCAUCAUAUUUGAAGAGAGUAUAUGGAGUGCAACAAUGGAGCCAGUUUUUUGACGAAAAAUUAGCUUCUGAAUUAGACCAUAUUAGAAAUAAUUCUAAUGGAGAGCUGGCUUUAGAUACUUUGUUGGAGCAGAACUAUACAUAUUAUGCAUAUUUAGAACAAUUAAAUCAAAGAUUAGGUAAUAGCACUGCCCUAUUAAAGAUCGAUUUUGUAUGGUAUGAUGCUGAAUAUACACUGUCAAAUGAAGCACAAAAAUAUAAGCAACAUACAUUAGUGUUUGAAAAAUCAGCCACGCUUUACAACAUUGCAGUUCUUUUAAAUAAUGCAGCAAAGGAGAAAAUUGAUUCAGAUUAUAAAACUGCCAUCAGUUAUCUAUCAAAAGCUACAAUGUGUUUCCAAUUCCUAUCAGAAAAUUUUCUGAACUCUCCAUCUAUUGAUAUACAGGCAGAAAGUACUCAGUUUUUGUCUAAUCUUUGCCAUUCUGAAGCUCAAGAAAUGUUCAUGAUGAAGUUAAUAAAUGGACCAACAGCAGAAAAACAGGCUUCAUUGAUUAGUAAAUUAGCUUUGGCAACACAUAAUGGUUAUGAAAAAUGUAUUUCUUUCCAAAAGAAACCAGAUGGUGGGUUAGCGCCUUACGGUGAACCAAGAUGGAGCACUAUUGUUACUUGUAAAGUAAACUUUUUCAGAGCAGUUGCAGCAUAUUACCAUGGUGUUGCAUUGGAACAACAAAAUAAGACUGGGGAGGCUAUUGCUUUCUUAAAAUUAGCCGUGAAUUCUGUGAUCAACUCACUUGCAUUCAAAGCCUGGUUAAUGGAUUUUAUUGACUUUGAGGGAUUCAAAGAGACAGUGGAACUAAAAUUGCAACAACUUAUUAAGGAUAAUGAUUAUAUUUAUCAUGAAUCUAUUCCUCAAAGUGUUUCGGUGGAAAGUAUUAAACCGAUGGAUGCAAUUAAAGCGCCAACGUGGCCAGAACAAUUAGCACCUUUUAAUAAUGAUGUAAUGAAGAAAACCAAUGUAUUGUACAAGGGUAUUGUACCAAUGGAAGCAUAUGAAAAGGAGAGUAUAUAUUCUGAUCAAAAGGAUAGUUUACUAAGGAGAGAAACUGAUGCUGCUGAAACUGCAAACUUCGAAUACAAAUCAUUCAUUGACUACACCAAUUUGGAUAGUCUGGUUAGAGACCUUGAGAAUAAAUAUAGAAAUGGAAAUACUGUUGGAGCGUUCGAUACUAUUGUAACGCAAAUGAGAGAUUCUUUAUCUCAGUUGUCAACCAAUGUUCAAAAAAGUAAUUUUAAGGAUAUAUCCCAAGCUAUGAAUGAUAUUGCCGCAAAGAGGAGAGAAGUAACAGGCGUACUUGCAACUUUACCAUCAGAUCAAAAGGAAAAUGGUGUAAAAUUGAAAACUUCUCUUAUUGAUGCAUCCAAAUCGGAUGAUAAAUUAUUUUCUGUCGUUAAACCAUACGCCGAUGAAAUCAAAUUAUUGGGCAAUCCUGAAAAGUUAUGGAGUAAUUUUAAUACGUAUAAUACGAAGUCUUCCUCUCAACCUAGCUUACUGGAUGUUGAUGAUACACAAACCACUGCUAUACUUUCAAAUAUUAAUGAAAUAAAGCAAGGAUCUGAAGCACUGCGUGUUUUAAAUGGUGAACGUUCUGAGAUUCUAUCGGAGUUGAAGGAUAAGAUUAAUGAAGAUGAUAUAACUUCUUUGGUUAUAGCUACUACCAACAAUUCAGAUGAUCUUAAGGAGUUAUUUGCUAAAGAAUUAGAGAAAUUUUCGCCUUUAAGCUCAAGACUUGAAGCUACUGUUUUUAAACAGACUUCACUAAUUAACGACAUAAAGGUAAAAUUAGACGAAAUAUUUUCUAUAUCUGGACUGAAGGAUAGGGCCUCUGAAGAAGCUACAAAUGAAAAGAAUAGGAGAAUGUUUUAUGAAAAAUUAGAAGCAGCCUCUGUUGCAUUCUCUAAUUUUAAUAAAGACAUUAUUAAGGGUCUUCAAUUUUACGAUUCCUUACUGAAGAUGAGUAAAGAGUUAGUUCAGGCAAGUGCUUUAAAUAGUGCACACAAUGGAAAUGAAGGCGGUAAUUCGAGCGCAUUGCCUCCUCCAUUACCUGAACAAUCUGGGAAUAACAAUGUAGAAAGUAAUGGAUUUAUUUCUUUAGACUCUCAAAUGAAUAAUAUGUCAUUAAACUCCCCUGUUAUUCCAUCCAGGACCUAUAGCAUUCCUCAGCCUCCGCCUUAUUCUUCGAUGGCUCCCCCUAUUCCUGUGCCUGGUUCUUAUAACUCUAUCUCUAACGGAAUUAACCAGCAACCUCCUGCAGGAAUGACCCCUAUGGUUCCUCAGAGGCCGCCGAAAGAAGCACCUUUUGGUAUGAAUGGUUUGAUGGCAAGACGUGAACAGACAGCACAAGAAGAAGCUGAAUUACAAAGAAACCCAACCGCAUUUUAUGAUAAAUCAUCUGUAUUUGAUGAAAAUCUUUACUCUAAAUAUAGUAAAUAG